CUCGGUAGUCUAAUUUGUCCUUAAGUAGUAGAAAUUUAGACAUGCAUAUUGAAAAAUCAUUAAUCAACCUUAUAGUUCUUUUGAAAUUCAAAUCUGCCUUCCUGCAUGUUCGCUGAACAUGCUGAAAGGAAAUGGAAUGUCAAACUGGUUAACACAUGCACUAAAGCCUCUAUUCAUGACGUCAAAACAGGGCUUCAUGAUUUCCAGCAUGUGACUUCUUCUUGGUGUAUAUAUAUAUGUUUUUAAACAUAUUCCAUAUUUCUAAAUGGGAAGCGGUUUAUUGGGUGUAUUGAUUUUGCAGGCUUGAUAUAGAGGCCCUGGUGUGUUGUAACUGGUCCUGUUUAUUGAUUCGGAAGCUUCCCUAAACUUCACAUCUGUCAGGCUCCUUGUUCAGCUGUGAUUAGACUUGUUUGUCAUUUAACUCUCUGUGUAUUUAGCACCGAUUGUGUUUCCAGUGACAGCCAAGUGUGUUUUGUUUUUCAUGAAAAAUUCCUAUAUCUGCUUGGAGUGCUUACUGGAGCUAGAUUUCAGGUUUUCCAAUAGAUUUAUUCAUUAGCCCCUUGGAAGGCCGACGGUUGGAGACCAUGUAAGCUGAAGCAGAGAUCCUGUGGCGAGGAUCUAGUGGAGUGGGGAGUGUAUAGCUGUUCGGGGGACAUCUAUGGGAGAAAUCACUGGCUCGGGAGCCAUGGAUAGAUGGGUGUGUCCAAACGACAGGCAUUUGGCCCUCAGAGCAAAACUAGGGACGGGAUGGUCUGUACACACCAACAAAUUGUCAACAUUCCACAAAGGGGACCAGCUGAGCAUGGAGGAACAGGAGCACAUAAUGAACGUCAUCGCCAAAGCCGACUACUUAGACCAAGUAGAGCAGGAGAGGAUAGGACGUUUGGUGGAGAAACUAGAAAACAUGAAGAAGAAUGCAAUGGGUAAUGGCCAGACCCAGUGCAUCCUGUGUGGGGAUGAGUUUGGGCUGCUGGGAGCCAGUCCCACCCACUGUGAUGACUGCAAGAAUGCUGUUUGUACAAAAUGUGGAAUAGACACAUUUAACAGCAAUAAACAACAGUUAUGGUUAUGUAAGAUCUGCAGCGAGUAUCGAGAGGUUUGGAAAAGAUCAGGGGCUUGGUUUUUCAAAGGAAUACCAAAAUAUGUACUGCCGGAAAAGAAGCUGGAAACUUCAAAACUCGCAGGUCAAAAAGGUCACAAGGAGAUGCGGGGUUCAAUGAGGUCACGACCGGGGUCAGUCAGAGGUUACAACACAUGGAGUAGAGGGAGGGCCAGUCAUGGUCAGUCAAGCUAUGGAGAAAGCAGUGAACAGGAAUCUUCUAGUAGUUCAGACGAUGAAGUGAGCAUUGGGAAGAGAAAGACCGUCAAACACUCAGGUGACUCUGGAGAAAGUGACAACAUAAGUGUAACGAGCUCCGCCAGUGGUCAGUAUUACGGUAACCAUGUCAACAAGGAGCCGCGCUCAAGUAUCACUAGUAGCAACUACUACGGCGGUCAGCUGAGUGCCACAGAGAGUAGCCGCGGCGAUGACGUUCAUGACGACACAGACAAUGAGAGUCUCGGCGGCGGUACAAUCCACCAUGCUACCAAUGGGUCACAUGAUCCCUGUCCCCCAAGCAAAUUGGCAGAUGAGGCGGACAUUGAUGAUGCUUUUACCAAAUAUGGAAAAAACCACCCCCACUCGGAGCAUGAAGACAACCUGUCUUCCCCUGAAAGUCCAACAAAUGGUUCUCUUGGGUCAUUAGAAAUGUCUCUUCUGUAUGAUGCAGCAAAUAAUGCACUUCACUGUUCCAUAGUCAGAGCAAGGGGUCUCAAGGCUAUGGAUUCCAAUGGUCUAUCGGAUCCUUACGUCAAACUUCAUCUUCUUCCUGGAGCCAGCAAGUCCAACAAACUGAGAACUAAGACAAUCCACAAGACGCUGAAUCCGGACUGGAACGAGACACUAACAUACUAUGGAAUCACAGAGGAUGACAUGUACAAAAAAACUCUCAGAUUAGCUGUAUUGGAUGAGGAUGCAUUUGGUUUUGAUUUUAUUGGAGAGACAAGAGUGCCACUCAAAGCAUUACAGCCCCAUCAAACCAAACAUUUUAAUGUAUGCCUGGAGAAGGCAAUUCCUACGGACAAGGACGAUGAUCUUUUGUCACAUGACAGGGGUAAGAUCCUCCUGGGGCUGAAGUACUCGACAGCAAAGCAGUGCCUGGUUGUGAACGUGGUCCGCUGUGUGGAGCUAGCAGCCUGCGACUCCAAUGGAUACUCAGACCCCUAUGUCAAAUUGUACUUAAAACCUGACCCAGAAAAAAGGUCAAAGUUCAAAACUGCCAUAAAAAAGAAAACUCUUAAUCCGGAGUAUAAUGAGGAAUUUAUAUAUGACAUUAAGCAUAAUGAAUUAGCCAAGAAAACCCUGGAGAUUACUGUUUGGGAUAGGGAUAUUGGGAAAGCUAAUGAUUUCAUCGGUGGUGUACAACUGGGCAUUAACUCCAAAGGUCAGCGGCUUAAACACUGGUACGACACCCUGAAGAACCCGGACCACAAAUUCGAACGCUGGCACAUCCUGGCAGCCGAAUUGAUCCCAGAGCCGGACGACUACUUCAGGUGAUUGAUUGGACUGACACAAACAGACAUCUCCACUCUGCUGGAAAUUGCACUAGAACUAUCAUCUUCAUCAAUGCAUUGUGUUACAUAAAUCAUUUGUCAAACAUAUAAUAUCUAAACUAUUUCUAUCUAGAUGUCUUCUUGAAAAAGAAAUUCAUUCCUUUAAAGAAGAUUUUUUUUCUUGGUAAGACACUGUCUUCUUUUUUUUUUUUAUACAUUUUUUUUUGAUAAAGUAUAUUGUAUAUUUUUGUCAAGUAUUGGACAUUCCUGUAUAUUUCUGUGCAAUAUCAAAUGCAGAUCUCUUUCUCAAUCUCUUCAUUGCAUGAAUACUGUUUGUGCAUGUUCAUGUAUUUAAAGUGUAGUUUAUUUACAUCAUUGUUUAAAUGUUGAUGUAAUUGCUUGUUUAAAUAUUUUAAUUUUGUAAGGUGUUAAUUGUAGACAACAGGAUCAGGCUUGGGUUCUUAAAACUUGGAUCAUCCUCUGAUAUAAAGUUAUAACACAAUUCAGUAUUUAAAUUCAAUGAUGUCAAAAGACAUUGAAAUUUUCGGUAGAUAUUAAUGUAUAUUCAUUUAGAAAUACAACUCUCAAUUUGUUUUAACGAUAAGAUUGUAUAAUUAUCAUUUGUUAAUAUUUAUUACCUGUAUGUUUCAUACAUCUCUAAUCAUUGAUCUACUCAAGUACCAUGGAAUGUAAAGAGUAUCUCAUCUUUGAUACGAAGAUGAAAACAUUUUUAAUAAAAUAAUACAACUGUCA